GAUGGAGGAGCCGGAAGACGACCUGCUGUGCCGCCCCUGGGCCUGGCUUCAACUGCCUGGGGACUCGCUGCUGGCCAAAGCCCAUUUCACCGACCGCGGCUACACCCUGCUGCUCUGCGACCUCCAGCACGCCUGGCUCGAGAGGGUCGACUCGGAUCUGGUCAGCAGGAGGGCCAAGGAGCUGAACAAGCGGCUGACGGCCCCCCCGGCUGCCUUCCUGUCGCGCCUGGACGGCCUGCUGCGCUCCGCCCUGGGGGAUGGGGGAGACCCCCACCCCGGCGGGGACCCCCGGCCCGGCCAGUCGCCCCCCGAGACCACCUUCCGCUGCGCCCGCGCCGCCGGGACCCUCACGCUGAGCGUGGGCAGCCAGCUGGCCGGCCUGCCCUUCCGCUGGGAUUUCCACUGCGCCCCGGCCCCCUCCAGCCUGGUGUUUGAGCAGCUGGUGCGGCCCCUGAUGGGUAUGAGCCUGGCAUUGCAGAGCCAGGUGCGAGAGCUGGCGGGCCUCCUGCGCCUCAAGGACACCCAGAUCCAGGACUACGAGGACGGCGGGGCCACGCUCAGCCGAGAUCGUCUGAAGACGGAGCCGUUCGAUGAAGAUGCCUUCCAGGAGCAAUUCGUCGCCGAGAGGUUUCCGGCGGCCUGCAGCUGGAGGGACGGGCGGCCCCUCGCCCACGGCCUGCAGCCCCUCUACGGGGCCGUCACAGCGGCAGAAGUGGCAGCGGCCCCCCGACGCCGCCCCGACGCCCCCGGAGAUGACCACAGUCCAGAGCCCGACGACGACGAAGCCGCCCCUCAGCCCGGGAACUCCCCUCCCUCCGUCCCGGCCCAGGCCUCACCCGAAGCCCUCCUCACACUCCAGAGCCCUCCGAUGCCGCCCCCGAGACCCCGGCCCCUCAAGGUCAGAGCCAAGAAGAAGAAACCGCAAGGCCUGUUCCGCUGAGAGCCACCCCAGGACAGCGCCCACCCGGUGAUUUCCCGCUGGGAGGCCGGGACUCCCUGCUCCAGAGACCCCCGGGAAGAGCGGAUCCCGACGGAGGUUCGGGCCCCCCCCCGGCCUGGCCUCCCCCUUCCCUCCUGGCCUUUCCCCGACGCGCUGGCCGGACCGGCCGGCUUGGGGUGCCAAGUGGAGAGUCUCCCACCUUUGGGGCGGGACCCUCCCCAGUCCCCCCGCAUGCCCCAGAAGUUCCCCAGCCUCGUGCCACGCUCACAGUCCGGCCCCCGGCCCCCAAGGAUGAGCCCAGGACUAGCCCUUCCUGCCCUCCUGCCUUCUGACUGUGGAAUAAAACCCCGUCUCUGCGCUCCCGUUGGUCGGCUGCCAUCGUACUGACCAC